AUGCCAGGCAUCAACCGUGUUCACAGCCUCAACGAUUCAGGCUUGGCUGUGUAUAUCCGCACCAUGUAUCUGGGGAUCCAGAGCCAACGGCAGAAGGAACACCAGCGACGCUUCUACUGGGCUAUGAUGUAUGAAUAUGCAGACGUCAACAUGUUGCGCCUCCUGGAGACCUUCCUGGAGAGCGCCCCCCAACUGGUGCUACAGCUCUGCAUAAUGAUCCAGGAGAACAGCGCCGAGACGCUGCCCUGUGUCUCCUCUGUGACUUCCCUGAUGUCCCUGGCUUGGGUGCUAGCCUCCUAUCACAAGCUGCUGCGGGACUCCAGGGACGACAAGAAGAGUAUGAGCUACAGAGGGGCCCUCAUCCACCUCUUCUGGCGCCUCUUCACCAUCUCAUCCAGAGUUAUCUCUUUUGCCCUCUUUGCUUCCAUCUUCCAGCUCUACUUCGGGAUCUUCGUGGUGGUUCACUGGUGCGCCAUGGCCUUCUGGAUCAUCCAUGGCGGAACAGACUUCUGCAUGUCCAAGUGGGAGGAGAUCCUCUUCAACAUGGUGGUAGGGAUUGUGUACAUUUUCUGCUGGUUUAACGUCAAGGAAGGGCGGACUCGAUAUCGAAUGUUUGCAUAUUACACGAUAGUCUUGACCGAGAAUGCUGCCUUGACGUUCCUUUGGUAUUUUUACAGAAACCCGGAGACCACUGACUUCUAUGCGGUGCCAGCACUGUGUUGUGUCUUUAUUAGCUUUGUGGCUGGGAUCGCACUGAUGCUCUUAUAUUAUGGUGUGCUGCAUCCCAUGGGGCCACGAGCUAAGAUCUUUGCCAGCUCCUGUUGUGCCGAGCUGCUCUGGGGCAUCCCUUUGCCCCCCGAUGUUGAGCCCAUGGCGCCUCAGACCCCUGGGUACCGGGGGACCCAGGUCACGCCUACCAGAGCCGUAACGGAACAACAGGAGGAUCUCACGGCUGACACUUGCUUGCCCGUUUUCCAAGUGAGACCCAUGGGGCCCUCCACCCCGUCGGGGCGUCCUUACCACCCAGAAGGGCCCCUCAUUAAGAUUGACAUGCCAAGGAAGAGAUACCCAGCUUGGGAUGCUCAUUUUGUAGACAGGAGGUUGAGAAGGACUAUUAACAUUCUGCAGUAUGUCACCCCCACCGCGGUAGGCAUUCGGUAUCGAGAUGGACCGCUCCUUUAUGAGUUGCUACAGUACGAGUCUUCACUCUAAGAGCGUCUUGACCCAAGUUGAGAAGGGGACCUUAAGUUGGUUUGCGGUUCACACCGCUUGCAAGAAAUAUAACCCUCCCUUCUCCCAAUACACAAAAUCACAACCACCACCACCAUCACCACCUCCACCACCACCGCUACAAAAAAAAGAAAAUAAUACGUCACAACCCCUUCAGAUAAGCUUUCUUUCCAGUCGCUGUAUGUAUACAAAGAUAUUCUCUAUGUUUUGUAAGUAAAAACAAAAAGAAGACCUUUCUUUUGUUUUUUACACAUAAGAAACAGUAUUGAAAAUCCCACACUAUUGUUCAUAGGGUGGAGAAGGAGGAGCUGUCUCCACUCCAAAAGAAAAAAAAAUGUUUUAUACCUUACACCAAGUGUAGAUCAUUUAUGGGAUUGGUGCUGAUUGAAAGAACAAAACAAACAAAACAAAACAAAAUAAAACAAACACAAACAAACAAACAAACCUUCAACUGCCUUAUGCCCUUAGGUGCUGAGUUUCAUUAAGUACUGUCACGUUUUUCUCACGCAAAACUCUCUGGUGGUUUUGGCACCAAGAGAGGGGAAAUUAAACUAUCAAACAAAACAAAUCCAGAAACGAAAACGAAAACCAACCAACAAAUAAAACACAAAGCAAUUAUUCUUCCUAUCUGACUAUUUGUAUUGAAGAAAACAAAUUCACCAAAAGCAAAGGCAUAGAAACCCCAGUUUCUGUUCCGUUUCACUCCUUGCUCUCCCGUCCCUGUCCCCAGCUUAACAGCACCUUCUAGGAGCCAAAUGGCCAUUUGGAACUCAAAUGGCUGGGAAAGUUCCUUGAAGGUUGAUCUUGUGCCAUUAACCAUUCACCUAGUUCGGAUCACAUUUGUUUCCUGGUGAAAAGCAAAACAGAAUAAAACAAACAAACAAAAAACCCACCCCAAUCAUUCAAUGAGAACAGGAAAAUCUAAAGCAAAUUAAAGAUUUCCAUCUAUCUAAUCAAAGAAAAUCAGUAAUAAUAAAACUCAGCAUAGUAGCAAAAA